CACUUGACUCCCUGUUUGGUUUCCCAGAAACCUGAGGAACACCUCAUUAUUUCUAUUUCCUAUAUGAUCAGCCCUACAAAUUUCUCUUGCUUCCGCUUAAUUAUUUUCUUUAAACGCCUCUGAUUGGAUCUUAUUUUCUCUUAUAUUCUCCAUUUGGGUGAAAACAUCAGGUAACCCAGGCAUCGAAGUAGCAUAUCCCAAAUGGAGGAUCCACCAGAACAACCUGAAACAAAUCCAAUGACAACUACGUUGCAAGGGGAUGAAUAUUUGCCUCUUUCAGGGAACCCAUACUGUGACAUCAUUCUUGCAAAAUCUCAUGUCAGGCCCCGGUAUCAAAUGGCACUUCCAGUAAAAUUAAAUCGAAUAAUUCCUCCUCUUGUGAUCCCCACGGUUCUGACCUAUCGGGGAAAGAACUGGGAGAUGUUAUAUAAAGGAACACACACUGUGAAAUGGCUUGAUUCUGGAUGGAAAGCGUUUGUGGAUGACAAUGAUCUCAAGGCUGGAGAUGCAUGUGUGUUUGAACUCAUGGAGUCCUGCAGAACGAAAAUCAUACUCAGAGUCCACAUUCUCAGAGGUGACAUCCCGUCCGAAUUUCUAGACAAGGUUGAGGGCACCCUAUAUAUAAACAGUUGGGCAUGGACAAAGCACAUACAGCCUAGCAACAGCACAAGUUAGCAAUGUUGAGGAGAGGCUCUGCUCUUUAACCAACCAUUUCUAUGUUACUAAGUUCUACCAUGAUGGUCGGGUGGUGGCGGCAACGCCGACGGCCACUUAGGCAGUGGAAGGGUACCACCAUUCGACUAGGAAAUAAGCGGCGAGGGUUCUGCCUAGGACCAAGGCCGGUGGUGCAAUGGAGGGUCAUGCCGGGUUCUCUUAAGAUGCUGAAGAAGAUCAUUAUGGAAAUGGCACCAAAUGAGUUGUUGAUAGAGGCUUAUUAUCGAUCUUUAGCACCCUUUCUACGUCCCCAACUAUUUCUUCCCUUGUGUUGAUUACCGACAGCAUUUCCUUUGGGUGGGGUUUUGUUGUUUUAUUGCUUGCUUUUUUCAGUUCUUGUACUUUUUUAUUUUCUUGUAAAGUUGUGUGACGAGGGGCUGCGCAAUCCCUUCUAAUGGAGCAAGCAAAUUGCAUACCGAAUGCAGUGAUUAAUGAAAGAAGAAAACCAAACAUUGUUAAAUGAAAUAACAUUUAUGUAAUAUUCUAGAUUUGUGCAGAGGAAUGUAGUGAAUGUAUUGUUAGAUAUGAUAUUAUUUGUUUAUG